AUGAUAAAAUUAGUUUUUUGUACUGUCAACUUAUUUUUUUUAGGCAUGGUAGUAUUAAAAGUAUUAGCUGUUUUUUGUCUUGUGAACUAUGUCUCAGCAAUCCGCUUCUACAUUCCUCCAAAUGGAAAGAAGUGUUUGAAGGAAGAGUUACAUAAAGAUGUUGUAGUAACUGGCGAAUAUGAGCUCAGCGAAGCACCAGGAAUGACUUGCAGUAUACUAGUAACUGACACAAGACAUCAUACGUUACAUAGUCGUGAACGUUUUGUCGAAACGAAGGGUAAAUUUGCGUUCAGGGCUGACGAAUAUGACAUUUUUGAGAUUUGUAUCACGUCUCAUACUCCAGGAGGUCAGCCGCAUGGUGCCAACCGUGAAUUUAUGCUUCACAUGAAACAUGGUGUAGAAGCUAAGAACUAUGAAGAUUUAGCAAAAGCUGACCAGCUGAAACCGCUUGAAGUUGAACUGAGACGUCUUGAAGACUUAUCAGACUCAAUUGUUCAAGAUUUCGCGUAUAUGCGGGAAAGAGAAAAAGAGAUGAGGAAUACGAAUGGGGGCCUGAAAUUUGUGAAUUCAAACGGUUUUGAAAUUGAAUUAGAACACAACUUGUUUUCAGAAUCUACGAACAGUCGAGUGCUCUACCUCAGUAUAUUUUCAAUGCUCUGCCUUUUGGGGUUAGCGACUUGGCAGGUGCUGUACUUGCGUAGGUAUUUCAAAGCGAAGAAGCUUAUCGAAUAA